GUCCCCUUCCCGAACUUUCUUCACCAUUUUGCCUUGUCCCCUGAAAUGUCAUCGUAGUCCAUUUCACAUCGCUCUUGCCGUUUGCCGUCUGCCUCUUUGCCUUAUUCCUUAUACUAGAGUCAUAACUCGCUCUGGGCGCUCUCUAAGCAGCGUCGCGCAGGUAAAAAAUGCGCCAGUUUGCCUCCGCGCUUGCUCUUGGACGUGGCGGCAAGUCGGAGACAACUUCCACGACAUCGGCACCAUCUGCCCCAACUACCGGACCACGCGUGGCCAAGUCGCGUUCAGCGUCUCUCUUUGCAAAGGCUCCCAAGACGCCUCUGGAGACAACCGGACCUGCUCUUCGCUCACGUCCCGUCUUGACGCCAGGUUCAUCCUGUUCCUCCGAGGGUUCCGCAAGCUUGCGUACACCUGAGGAUGAAGGCCUGAUGCCACCGUUCUCCAAGUCCGACGAGAAGAAACGCUGGUCAACCUGGUUUGGUUGGCGAAAACCAUCUGACAAGGGCCAGGCUACCGAGGGUCCUGUGGACACCAACACCGACGGCUCUGCGCCACAGCCAGUGUCUGCCGGCAGUAUUCGCGACAGCCAGCAAAGACCAUUGCCACGCAUACCCCGGCAGAGUGUGUCCGACUCUGACGAUGCCGAUGAAGGCACCUCAUCGGAAUCGUCAGAGAAUACAGAAGGUUCCACGGUGAUCUCUACCCGUCCCAUUCUACAACGUGUGAGCGUUAGUCAGGCACGCUCCAACUUGCGAACGCUACUCCAUAAUUCUUUGAAUCAAGUACCCCCUCCACCUCCAGUAGUAGAAACACCUACUGCGCGCUUCCCGCGAUCAAGCAUGGCAUCGGGCAGUGUGCAACCUACCCUCUCCUUGGAAUCUACUAUACAUGUUCGAAGAAUGCUGUGGCGGUUGGACCAUCAAACGCUUUCGGAAACGGAGGUUCGGUCUAUAGCAGGUCUUGCUCGGCGGCCGCAACCGAAAGACGCUUCGCGAAAUAGGUCGGAAAGGAAAACCGAUGAUGAAAUGAUAUCAUACGCCUCAAUGCGUGUGGGACAAUUUAGUCGUGGGCUACGUAAAUGGGCUCUACGUCCAUGCUUCGAGCAGCGCUGUCUCGUUUGGGCCCCAGAUGAAAAAGGGGAUGUGAAUUGCAAGGCCGUCAUGGGAGUGGACCGUCAAUUGGCCGUUUGCGACUUGGAAUUCUGUGAGGGUACUGAGGCUUUAGCUGGUCUUCAACUUGAUGACAGGACCUUUGAACAAAUCCUCUUCACACCCAUGCCAGAACCGAAGGGUUCCAUUCAUAAACCUACGACCCGGAAACAGUCACCGCCGCGCACGACACCUCGAAAAACUUCGUUCCAUAGUUCUCCCUCUCCCUUACGACUUGAUCAUGCUUCUCCAGCAGAGCCAGUCUUGUCUCCUGUUUCAUCAGUAGUCUCGACUGUGCCUUCCCGCGACCCUAUACUUGACGUUAGAUCAUCUGUACCGACGGAGAAAGCGCCUGCUCCAUCGGAAAAGGCGUCGGCGCCGGAGCUUGGAGCUUCUCGAUCUGCGGCGCCUUCGGAGCCACGUAGUGUCCGUUUCGUGGAUGAUAAUGAUGCUGAUGGCAUACCACUGGGGUAUGCAAUUCGGGCAAGAAAACGGCGCGAGGAAAAGGAGAAAUUCCUCAGGGCUGAACGGGAGAAACGAGCAAAAGAGCUUCAAGCUCGGGAAGCAGAGGAAAGACAGAAGCGUGCUGCAGAAGAGCAACAACGCAGGGAAGAAGAAAGGAGACGCAUUGAAGAAGAGAAAAGGGCGCGUGAAGAGCGGAUGCAGGCGAAAUAUAAUGAAGAAAUUGCUGCAUCAAGGCAACGCAGGGAGAAUGCCCGUUUGGGUGUGGAUAAUUACACAAACAUUCGAGAGAUGCAUCAAAGGGAGGAAAGGGACAAUGGACGGACAUAUUCUCGUCCCGCUUACGACGUAACUCCACCGCCAGUCCAGGCGCCUCGACGGAGAGCUUCGGACAUCACAGCUCCGAUAGACAACUCUAUUAAGAGUUCAAAUGCCCCACGUCCCGCCAGUAUUGCGGAAUCAGGAGAAGACAGGCGGCGCAGUAUGGCCCCUUCUGCGUACAAACCAUCACCGUUGUCUACAGAUGAUGUUCGACCCACUGUACCUCGCCAACAAGCAGCGGGUACAGAUCUUCCUCACCAACAGCAAGUACCUUCUCGUCCGCCAUCUAUCGCAUCAUCUUCGUCAAGACCGGUUUCUGUCCUCCGUACCCAAAGUGUGCCAAAUCAAAUGCCACUCAUGGCAUAUCCUAUGAUGCCUGUAAUGCCUCCUAUUCCUGUUCCACCUAUGCCCUUAUGGAACAUGCCCUUGCUUCCACCGAAUGCGCCUUUCAUGAUGCAGCAGUAUUCUCGGUCACCUUCUCCGGGCUCGAAUCCGCAUUCUCGAGAUCCCUCACCAUCUUCUCGCCGACAGUCUACUUUACAACCAACAGCAUCCCCAUCCCAUCGACAUCAAAGCUUGCACCCGUCAAGUUCGUCCUCGCGUCCGCAACCGGGCGCCGCGGAUUCUCGACACUCUCGCUACCCUAGCCGUGAAAGUGCACCUCAAACCUCGGGUCAAUCAAGGGGUAAUAGUAACAACACUUCUCAACGACCGCCUCGGUCCACUAGCUAUUCGACAUUGCAACAAUCCCGAUCGCAACCUAUUUAUCGUGACGACCGUUCCCAGACGUCUCGCCAUGGUUCCUACACGAAUCUCGGACAUAUGGACACUAAACGCCGGACUACCAUGAUGUAAAACAAAUUGCGUUUUGAUGCCGCUUCUGGCCUCUCUCAUUAUAAUAUGUUCUUUUUCUUGGCACUUGCAUAUAUUAUUGUGACCUGCCGUCCGCUCCUUUCAGCAUGUGGAUAUUCCCCAUUACAUGAACCUUUGCCCGCAUCGUAUACUUGGAGAAAUAAUCAUCAUUUGUUCGACUGUCUUUUCUUGCUUUUGGGACACCAAGGACUUACUCUGUUUUGUAACCACCACCACUUGUGUUUUUUCCAAUGUCAUUCAACAUUUCACUGCAUGCAUCUUGUCCUGUUUCUUCAAUCCAACCCCAUUAAUCCGACACUUCUUCAUCGGUCCUUUUUCUCAUUGGGUUCUGCAUUUUCGCAUUUUUUGCUAUGUUUCAUUUGCUUUCUCUCCUUAAUUCUUCCACCUGGACGCCGUUCAAUGACUCUGUGCGAAGGACGCGUCCUAUGUGUCGUUUGUCUCAAUAUGAUACGGUUGUGGCGUACUAACGCAAACUUAUUUGCC